AUGGAGCAGUAUGAGAAGGUUGAGAAAAUCGGAGAAGGGACGUAUGGUGUCGUGUACAAAGCACGUGAUAGACUGACGAAUGAGACGAUAGCGCUGAAGAAGAUUCGGCUAGAAGCCGAAGACGAGGGUGUCCCAAGCACCGCUAUUAGAGAGAUUGCGCUGCUGAAGGAGAUGCAGCACGGGAAUAUUGUCAGGCUUCAAGACGUCGUGCACGCUGACCGAAGGUUGUACCUUGUCUUCGAGUACCUUGAUCUGGACCUUAAGAAGCAUCUUGACACGAGCCCUCACAUUGCGCAGGACAGGAUGAUUAUCAAGUCUUACAUGUACCAGAUUCUUCAAGGAGUAGCAUACUGCCACGCUCACCGUGUUUUGCACCGGGACUUGAAGCCUCAGAACCUGCUCAUCGACCGUCAGACGAAUUCCUUGAAGCUUGCUGAUUUCGGCCUUGCCAGGGCCUUUGGAAUUCCAGUGCGGACGUUCACGCACGAGGUCGUGACCUUGUGGUAUAGGGCCCCAGAAAUCCUUCUGGGUUCAAAUCACUACGGAACGCCUGUGGACAUCUGGUCUGUUGGCUGCAUUUUUGCGGAGAUGAUAAAUCAGCGCCCCCUAUUCCCAGGAGAUUCCGAAAUUGAUGAGCUGUUCAAAAUAUUCAGAAUGUUGGGAACGCCAAAUGAUGAUAAUUGGCCAGGAGUUUCACAACUUCCUGACUACAAGACAUCGUUUCCUCAAUGGACAUCUAAGGAUCAUCAGUCCAUUGUGCCAACCUUGGAAAAGAGUGGGAUCGAUCUUUUGUCUAAAAUGCUUUGUCUUGACCCGAUUCUCGAUCCAUCGGGACCGCCUAUCAAUGCGCCAGAAGCCGAUGCACAUAAUUCUCCUGAGGUCAGUGCCGGUAAGGGUUUAGCCAACAGCGCCGUCGCAGAUGGCGACGAAGGUGCUAACGAAGCAGAAGAAGCAGACUUGCGGAAAACAGAAGCUGCAACACCAGCGAGUAAGACGGCAUUGUCUGCAGAGACUUCGGAUAGCGGAAAGAAGAAGAAAAAGAAGAAGGCGGUGACAGUGGAUGGCAAUGUUGGUGGUGGUGAUCAGCAAGAGCCUGGCGUUGGUAAAGUGAAGACUCCCAAGAAGAAGAGGAAGUCCCGGGAUGCUACAGAAAGCGGGGAUGCCGACGGGGUCAGACAAGAAACGAGUCAGCGGCAGGACGGCGUAGAGGAGGGUAGCGUUCCAGGAGCAGAUGAGAUCCCUGACAAAACGGAGAAUGGCGUCGUGAGCGAACAGAGUGCAAGGAAGAAGAAAUUGAAGGGCCAGACCCAGGAGGUGCAAGGGACGCCUAGCUCGGGUGGAAAGGGUGGUGGGAGUGAUUCGAAGGAGACAGGUGGAAGCAGUGUGAAGCCUGGUGUGGCACAAAAGGCGGUGGAAGGGAAAUUGCCAGCAAAGUCGACUGAUCUGGCAAGGUUGAAGUCUCCGGAUUCAAUAAAGAAGAAGAAAAAGAAGUCUGCUGCUGCACCGUUUGGUCAUUGA